ACAUAACCGUGAAAUCUCAUUUAGUAAACAAAAUACAUGUGUUGCAGCGUGCAAUAAUAGUUUGAGUGAUUUUGUAUUUUUAAAUUUGUUUAUUUAACGGUUUAAUUGAAAAUGGGAAUAACAGUUGAAGCACAUUUUGCGCAACAACUAGCUUCAAAUCAACCUCACAUCCGUGAGAAAGCUUUGAAGAAACUGGGGAAAUGGUUUGAAAGAAUUUCUGUUUCAACCGAAGAUUUAAAUGAGGAAACCUUUUUAAAAAUUUGGAAGGGACUUUAUUAUUACUUUUGGCAUUGUGAUAAAAUGCUUGUUCAGGAAGAAAGAGCUGAUGUUAUUAGUCAGUUUAUUCAUGCUUUCAAGACUAUGGAAUACUCUUUCCUUUACAUUGAUACUUUUUUUACUACUAUGUCACAUGAAUGGCAUUGUAUUGAUCAUUACAGAAUAGAAAAAUUUAUGAUGCUGGUUAGAAAAUUCUUGCAUCAAUGUUUCCAGUUGCUGAAACGCAAGCAUUGGAAAGUAAAAUGUAUAAAGGAAGUCCUAAAUAUCUUGAAAAAAACUGUACUUGCUCCAUCUACAGAAGGUGUUCCUUAUGGACUAAAAACACAUAUAUCAGACAUAUACAUGGAAGAACUUGCAAAAGUUGGACAUGAUGAGGUAACUCCCAAGAUACUCCGAAAAUUUCUUCUUCCAUAUUGCAAUAUUCUGUGCUAUUCUGAAGAUGCAUCUGUCUUACAAUCUGUGAAAAAAGAUGUAUUUCUCUAUCUUAUUAACCAAGAUGCUGAUGAAGCUGAAUUUCAUGAAUUUCCUGUUUUGAAAUUUAACCCAAACUCAGUACAGAAACUGCUAAUGAAGCAUGCAAAUCAACCUGAUGUGAAACGAAAAAACCUAAAAAUUAUCCACAGCAUAGUUAAAGAAUAUGAAGAUUACAAAAGUGGAAUUAAUGCAUUUGAAAAAAUACUAAAAAGUCAACAGACAAAUCGUAAACUGAGAAAAAGAGCAAUUGAAAAGGCUUCCUUGAAAUUGGUUGAAGAAGAGGAAGUGGAACGAAACACAAAAAAAGCAUUUAAGAAAAAGAGAAAAAUUAAUUCUGAGAUAAUUGAUCUGUGAGCUGUGCUUGUAACUGUAAUUGUAAAUACUCAUAAACAGAUAUUUCUUUGGACUGAC